AUGGGUUACAUUUGCGGGUUCUACUAUACCAUCCCAGUGCACAGCCAGUGGCACAUCGCCUAUCAGAAACACUAUCUACCUCAAGUUGAGCUCAAAGCACAUACGACUGUCCUGUCAACGACCUCGCGUACGAAGCUCACACAAGCCUUUAUCAACCCUUCCGACAAAGGCAUCAAGCAACUCCGGUAUACCUUUCCACUCUACAAUGGCGUCAGCGUCGUUGGCUUCACGUGCCACGUCGGCGACCGAGUGAUCGAGGGUGUGGUCAAAGAAAAAGAAAAGGCACGUGCUGUGUAUCAAGAAGCCGUCGACCGCGGCGAAACCGCUGGUCUGUUGGAGCAGCUGCCCGAUGCCUCCGACGUUUUCACCACGACUGUCGGUAACGUGCCAGCGGGUGCUAAGAUCGUCGUCGAGAUCACCUACCUUGGGGAGUUGAAGCACGAUGCUGAGGUUGAUGGCAUCCGGUUCACCAUUCCAACAUCCAUCUCACCCCGGUAUGGCACCUACCCCGGAGAGCUCGCCCGGGCUGGCGGCAGCCCAGCGCAGUCGAACGGUGGCAUGCAGAUAACUGUGGACGCUAUCGUGAGCGAAGGCUCUUUCAUCCGGAAGUUACAGUCGCCGAGUCAUCCCAUCGCGGUCUCGAUGGGCACUACAUCGACCGCGCCGGACGAAGAUCCCCAGAUGACCAAGGCAUCCGCAACGCUCACCCUUGGUAGCUGCGAGCUUGAGAAAGAUUUCAUACUCCAGAUUGUUGCCAAAGAUACUGGCGUACCAAAAGCGAUGCUGGAAACUCAUCCCGCUCUGCCUCAUCACCGCGCACUCCUGGCAACCCUAGUGCCGAAGUUCUCUCUACCAGCAGCCAAGCCAGAGAUCGUCUUCGUGUGCGAUCGAAGCGGCAGCAUGGGUGGCAGGAAGAUGCCUGCAGCCGUUUCGGCCCUCAAGAUCUUCCUCAAGUCGCUUCCCAUCGGCGUCAAGUUCAACAUUUGCUCCUUUGGCAGCAGCCACUCAUUCCUCUGGCCCAAGAGCCAGUCUUACAGCCAAAGCACGCUUGAUGAAGCUGUUAGGCACGUUGAGAUAUUUCAGGCCAACUACGGCGGUACAGAAAUGUAUGCGCCGCUCAUGGCCACCAUCGAGCGCCGGUUCAAGGACAUGUCACUCGAGGUCAUGCUAUUGACCGACGGCGAGAUCUGGGAUCAAGAUCAGCUGUUCACAUAUCUUAACAAAGAGGUUAAUCAGAGUACGGCGCCGAUCCGAGUGUUUACGCUCGGUGUGGGUAACAGCGUUUCGCAUGCGCUUAUCGAGGGUGUGGCACGGGCGGGCAACGGCUUUUCGCAAGCUAUGGGCGAGGAAGAGAAGCUCGAUACGAAGGUCGUUCGCAUGCUCAAGGGGGCGUUGUCUCCUCAUGUUAAUGACUACACCAUCGAGAUCGUGUACGGCAAGGGUCUAGAUACAGAAGCUCCGGGCAACGCGGACACGGACACAGAUGAAGAGGACUUCGAGAUCAUUGAGAAAGUCUCCGACUGCCUGCGGGUCAAGCUCGAUCUGUCUAGAGAAGCACCUCAAGAAGAAAAGCCGCUGGCCGCGCCAAAGCCGAUCUCUCUAUUCGACACCUCCGUCGACCUCGACAAAGACGAACCGAUGCCUGCCGAUCACGAUGGCCAAGCGCGUUACAAACACUUACCACACAUCUCAGUACCCAAGCUCCUUCAAGCACCGCAUCGCAUUCCGCCUCUCUUCCCCUUCAUCCGGACCUCCAUCUACCUGCUCAUGUCCCCCGAUACCGAACAGAAGCAUCCACCGAAGUCCGUCAUUCUGCGCGGGACGUCCCAGCACGGGCCGCUGGAGCUCGAGAUCCCAGUACAGGUCUUAGAGCAGCCGGGCCAAACGAUUCAUCAGCUCGCCGCCAGGGAAGCCAUCCGUGAGCUUGAAGACGGCCGAGGCUGGCUCACGGAAGCCAAGUGCGAAGAUGGGACGUUGCUAAAGGACAAGUAUCCGGGCCGCUUUGAAGAGAUGGUUGAACGAGAGGCUGUGCGCCUAGGGCUGCAGUAUCAGGUCGGCGGGAAGUGGUGCUCUUUCGUAGCUGUUGAGGCGAACAGCAAGGCGAAAGACCGCGAUGGGGAUGAAACCAUGGCCGAGCACGUAGGGUAUCUCGAUGACGACCAAAGAGCAGAUGAGUACAGCAGCAUUAAUUCUCCAUCGGCAGCAACUAGUCCACAGAACUACAAAUACAGUAGCCUCAGCCGUAUGUCACUCAACGUUGACCGUCGCUAUGUAGGGCAUGCGCCAUCGGUUCUCGAAUCAAGCCAGAGCGAGGCUCGGCGAGGGCCGCAAAAGCAGCUAUUGGCCAUGUCGCAGGCACCCGCGCAGUCAGGAUCCGCUCUCUUCGGCGGGUCUGCCUCUGCAUUCGGCAGCUUCGGCGCGCAGCAGCAGCAACAGCAACAGUCGCAGCAACAGUCAUUGCAGGGUACGUCCGCUCAGGCGAUUGAGCGCGGCUCUGUGUUGGGCCGCAGGAAAUCCUCCGGCAGGGACCAAGUGCUCAGCGCCCGCAGCCCACCACCACCAGCAUCACAGUUGGGGUACAGUCUCUUCGGCAGCUCCGCUUCCCCAACUUCUUCUGGUGGCCUCUUCAGCGCUGCUGCUCCGUCGUAUGACCGAACACCGGCUCUGGCGGGGCGUAGCCUGGACAUCGAGUCACAGGACGAUAACGCUGACCAGAUCCGGGAAAUCGUGGCGCGUGUUGCUGAGCGUGGCGAGAAGCUCGAGGGCGCUGCCAUGAGGUCUCGCGAAGCGCAAAAGGCGGGGAUGGAGGAUGUGUGGGCUUCAAGGGGAGCGCGUUACUUUUCGAUGGGCUCCAAGAAAUCUCCGAGAGCCCAGAUGGCUUCCAGGGCUGAGGCGGUCCAGGACCGGUCGAGGACGACGGGUGAUAAAGCAAGAGACCUGAUUGAGCUGCAGACAUUCGAGGGGUUCUGGGAGUGGAUGCCGGAGCUGCUGUCCGUGUUGGGGGUUACGGAGGAGAGGAUGGCAGAAAUGUGGACGCGGGUAGGGUGGAUGGACCGGAGGACAUUUGCUACGCUGACGGUCGUCGCGUUCUUCGAGGGUAAAUUGGGAGAUGAGAGGGACGUUUGGGAGCUCGUGGUUGGGAAGGCUAGGGCAUGGCUUGAGGGGGAGAUGGAGGAGAUUGGGGAUGGGAAGACGACAGUUGAGGAGGUGCUUGAAAAGGUGAAAGGCUGGAUAGAGUAG